UUUCUAUCAAAGCAAAUGAAAUAUUUUGUUGAAACAUCAAAGAUACAUUAAAUUAACGAACGACAGCAGCAGCAGCAGAAAAAGUUGAAGCUUUGAUUUGCCUUCAACUUCGAUUGCGUCCUCGCCCUCGCCCCCGUACUUCCCUUCGCCUAUGCCUUGCGCCCUCCGAUAAACCCAAGCAAGCCAACCCAAAAGUAACAAAUUAAAUUUGGUUUUAGCCAAUAGCAGCAGCAGCAACAACAGUAAUCAUAAGAAGUAAAAAGUCAGCGAGUGGAGACAGCAAGUGAGCGAGAGCGACAGAGAGAGCGAGAGAGAGAGAGAGAGAGAGAGACAAACAUCGUUUUGUGGUCUAGCAGCAGCGUCAAAGUCAGCACAAACAUGUCUAGCGAUUCGAGUCGCCGCAUUCAGGUGCCUGAUGAGCUGAAGGAGGUGCUAUUGCAGUUCUCCAUUGCGUAUCUGGUCGAACAGCCGCCGGAUCUGAUUGACUUUGCCGCCGAUUACUUUAACAAAUUGCAGGCGAAUCGGCCAAUAAUAGCCAGCACCGAUAAUGGGGCCGAUGAUAGUCAGAGCAUUAACUCACAAGAUGGCGACGCGGAACCGCCAACAGUACAAAGCACACGUCGCAAAUCAGUGUUCGCCGAGGCUUACGAUCCGGAGGCUGACGAUGAUGAUGAGGGCGCCACUGCCAUAUUCCCCAAGACAGAUGAACAGCGGGCGCGUCUCAUCGAGUCGGUGAAGAAUGUGCUGCUCUUCCGUUCGCUCGAGAAGGAACAGAUGAAUCAAGUGCUGGACGCAAUGUUCGAGCGGAAGGUGCUGCCGGGCGAUUACAUCAUACGCCAGGGCGAUGAUGGCGAUAAUUUUUAUGUUAUUGAAUCUGGCAUCUAUAAAGUCUAUAUAAAUGAUAAACACAUUAGCACCUACAACCACACCGGACUAUUUGGCGAAUUAGCGCUGCUCUACAAUAUGCCCAGAGCGGCCACCGUACAGGCGGAAACCAGCGGCCUACUAUGGGCCAUGGAUCGUCAGACAUUCCGACGCAUUUUGCUCAAGUCGGCGUUCAAGAAGCGAAAAAUGUACGAGGAGCUGCUAAACAGUGUGCCCAUGCUAAAGGCGUUGCAGAACUACGAGCGCAUGAAUCUGGCCGAUGCUUUGGUCUCCAAGACCUACGAGGAUGGUGAGCAGAUUAUCAAGCAGGGUGAUGCCGCCGAUGGCAUGUACUUCAUUGAGGAGGGCACCGUGUCGGUGCGCAUGGAUCAGGACGAUACGGAAAUCGAGAUAUCCAAACUGGGCAAGGGUCAAUACUUUGGCGAACUGGCCCUGGUCACACAUCGGCCACGCGCUGCUUCCGUUUACGCCACGGGCGGCGUUGUUAAGCUCGCAUUUCUCGAUGUGAGAGCAUUCGAGCGUCUGCUUGGACCCUGCAUGGAUAUCAUGAAGCGCAAUAUUGAUGACUAUGAGUCGCAGCUGCUUAAGAUAUUUGGCAGCAAAAAUAAUAUCACCGAUACACGAUAAAAAGUCUGAACAAUAAACCACAACAACAACAGCAACAACAACAACAAACACAACAACAACAACAACCAGGCUAAUGGGUUUUGAAAGGACUCUGCAACAACUACAACAAAAUACAACAACAACAAGCGCAAACCAAACACACACGCACACACAGACACAGA